CCUAGUAUCUCCGUUCUCCGUCGCUCAUCCUUCCUCAUCCUUCCUGGAGCCCUAGAUUACGUCGCCGGUUUGUUGCGUGUAAUUUUGCAGCGUAAUUUUUCGAAAUGGCGCAAAAUAAAUUCAGUGAGAUGGCCUCACGCUUCGGCAAGGGCACGAAUGGAGUGCCGAUGAGCCUGAAAGUUCUCGCCGCCACGGGCGUUGCGGCCUACAGCGUUUCUAAAGCCAUGUAUACAGUGGAGGCUGGUCACAGAGCGAUCAUGUUCUCUCGACUAGGAGGUAUCCAGAAGGAUAUCAUGACCGAAGGUCUGCACUUCCGCGUUCCGUGGUUUCAAUACCCGAUAAUUUACGAUAUUAGGAGCAGACCUAGGAAGCUGUCCUCGCCCACAGGAUCUAAAGACUUGCAAAUGGUCAAUAUCUCGCUACGUGUUCUCUCACGUCCCGACGCCAGCACGCUGCCUUCCAUGUAUCGGCAACUGGGUCUCGAUUAUGACGAAAAGGUGCUGCCAAGCAUUUGCAAUGAGGUGCUGAAAUCUGUUGUCGCUAAAUUCAACGCCUCGCAACUGAUCACGCAAAGACAGCAGGUGUCUAACAUGGUGCGUAAGGAAUUAACGGAACGUGCUCGAGACUUCAACAUUGUUUUGGACGACGUCUCGAUAACGGAGCUCAGUUUCGGCAAGGAAUACACCGCCGCGGUCGAGGCUAAACAAGUGGCACAACAAGAGGCCCAACGUGCCGCAUUUGUUGUGGAAAGGGCCAAGCAGGAACGACAACAAAAAAUCGUGCAAGCCGAAGGAGAGGCAGAGGCAGCCAAAAUGCUUGGCUUAGCUGUCGGCGAGAAUCCUGGAUACCUGAAGCUGCGUAAAAUACGGGCGGCACAGACUAUCUCUCGUACGAUCGCCAACUCUCAGAAUAGAGUAUUCCUCAGUGGCAAUGGUCUGAUGCUAAAUAUUCAAGAUCCUGCGUUUGAUGUGGCCUCGGAUAAGCUGAAAAGUCACAUGGGAGUGAGCUGGAAGAGCUGGGACGAGGCCGCCGACCGCGCAGUUCGGAGCCUGAAUACCAGUUCCCACCAGGCACUGCCGAAUGCCGAAAGGUCCGGUAUCAAGACACCAGUACCUUCCGUCGUCCCAUCCCUUCUGGAAUCGGCUGACGAUAGCGCAAAGCUGAUAGUACCAUUACGAUAAGAGAGUUUACAAUGCAAGCUUGUCCCCGCCAAACACAAGUCCCCUUUGUCCGCUGUCCUGUUGAAGAUCAUUGCCCUUUUGCGUACGUUUUUAUGACUGCUGAUGAUAGGAUAAGUGAUACAAUUGUGAUAUCUCGUUAGAGAUGUUCAUAUGUUCAUCUUGAAUAUACUUUUCUGCACUUUUUUGAAAAUAAAAUAUACUCAAAGGCGGGAGAGAAAAGACAAAGGAUAAGAUAAGAUCGGAAUGUAAAGCAGAGAUAAAUAGACAUGUUAAGAUAAAUGAUGUUAGAAAAAACGGUUUUAAUUGAGGAGUACGAUUUUCAUGUCGCUUUUUUAUUCUUUUUCUUCUUCAAGCUAUAAAUUUUCUAUGAAUCUGUAUAUUGUAUACGUAUCAUAAUUGCACUAAAUUUAAAUGUCAAUGACUUUAGGUGUUUAGUAUUGGUGAUGUAGUCAUUUUAUCGUUUAUUCUCAUCAUGAAAGAAUAAUAAUAGUAAUAAAAAUAUAAAGAGCGUGAAGAGGAAAUAUUAAGUGUUAAUAAAAGAAAUUAAUUAUAAAAUAUUAACAUGCAAUGUCAUAGUAAAUUAUUGUUACUGUGGUUCGCAUAGGCACCGUCAAAGCUGCUUAUAAAAGUUUUUUAAUUAAAUUUUAGCGGUAAUCUUAGGAUUUAACAAAUGAAAAUCUUAUGUAAUAUUUUAUUAUACCUUCGUUGCGUGUGACAAUCCUCAGCGAGCUCGUUCUCGUCGCUGUACGCGGUCUUCAGCUUGAACGGUACUUGGUUUUUUUCCUCGUCUCUGUCACGUUCACGUUCACGAGCUGUUGGAUCAUCUACCUAGGGUACUUUUGUUGAUAUGUCUUAUAUGUCGUAUUCGUAUUUUAUGUGGAAAAACAAGCAAUUAUCUGAGAGGCAGAGGUCGAAGUGUGACGUCCCUUAUACGCGGGAGCGCACAUGAAUGAGACACGCAAACACAUUUUACUAUUGCAUUCAUUUAUUUUCUUAUGUUCUACUGUAAUACUGUAAUAACAUACAAGAAAUGCACUUUAAUGAAACCUACAGAAGAGAAUCUGAAUAUAAAGUCAGACACUUAACAUCGCCUCGCGGCAUCUCGCUCUCGUGUCCGCAUAUAA